CCUCCGUUCUGGCGUGUCCGCUGCUGCUCUGCAAUGACGAGAUAAGACUUGUCGUUUGUCUUUUUGUCUUCUUGGGGAUUCCACGCUCUUGUCCACGAAGCCCACGACUGCCUCCCGGGUGUUUAUCUGCCUCUCAGGUUUUCUAGAAGGAUCUAUGACACACCAUCAUUAUUCGUGCCUAUGAAGACUUGGGACAUUCUAGAAUGAUCUAAUUGGAACACGUUAAAAGUAUCUAAUUGGAACAUUUUGCAAACAUCUAAUUGGAACAUCCUAGAAGGAUCUAAUUGGAACAUUCUGCAAGGAUCUCUUUGGAACAUCAAAGAAGGAUCUAUAUUGAACAUUCUGCAAGGAUCUAAUUGGAACAUUCUGCAAAGAUCUAAUUGGAACAUUCUAUAAGAAUCUAAGUGGAACAUUCCAUAGGGAUCUAAUUGGAACAUUCCAUAGGGAUCUAAUUGGAACAUUCCAUAGGGAUCUUAUUGGAACAUUCCAUAGGGAUCUAAUUGGAACAUUCCGCAAGGAUCUUAUUGGAACAUCGUAGAAGGAUCUAAUUAGAACAUUCUGCAAGGAUCUAAUUAGAACAUUCUGCAAGGAUCUUAUUAGAACAUUCUGCAAGGAUCUUAUUAGAACAUUCUGCAAGGAUCUAAUUAGAACAUUCUGCAAGGAUCUUAUUAGAACAUUCUGUAAGGAUCUAAUUAGAACAUUCUGCAAGGAUCUAAUUAGAACAUUCUGUAAGGAUCUAAUUAGAACAUUCUGCAAGGAUCUAAUUAGAACAUUCUGCAAGGAUCUUAUUAGAACAUUCUGUAAGGAUCUAAUUAGAACAUUCUGCAAGGAUCUAAUUAGAACAUUCUGCAAGGAUCUUAUUAGAACAUUCUGUAAGGAUCUAAUUAGAACAUUCUGCAAGGAUCUUAUUAGAACAUUCUGCAAGGAUCUUAUUAGAACAUUCUGCAAGGAUCUUAUUAGAACAUUCUGCAAUGAUCUUAUUAGAACAUUCUGUAAGGAUCUAAUUAGAACAUUCUGCAAGGAUCUUAUUAGAACAUUCUGCAAGGAUCUUAUUAGAACAUUCUGUAAGGAUCUAAUUAGAACAUUCUGCAAGGAUCUUAUUAGAACAUUCUGCAAGGAUCUUAUUAGAACAUUCUGCAAUGAUCUUAUUCGAACAUUCUGCAAGGAUCUAAUUAGAACAUUCUGCAAGGAUCUUAUUAGAACAUUCUGUAAGGAUCUAAUUAGAACAUUCUGCAAGGAUCUAAUUAGAACAUUCUGCAAGGAUCUAAUUGAAACAUCGUAGGAGGAUAUAAUUGGAUUAUUCUGCAAGGACCUUAGUUGAUCAUUCUAGAAGGUCUCAAUUGGAACACAUUAGAAGGAUCUCAUUGGAACAUUCUAGAAGGAUCUCAAUGGAACAGAUUAGAAGGAUCUCAUUGGAACAUUCUAAAAGGAUAUAAUUGGAACAUUAUAAAAGGAUCUCAUUGGAACAUACUAGAAGGAUCUCAUUGGAACGUUCUGCAAGGAUCGCAUUGAAACGUUCUGCAAGGAUCUAAUGGAAACAUUCUCGAAAGAUACAAUUGAAACAUUUUAGAAGCAUCCAAUUGGACAAUUCUAGAAGGAUCUAAGUGGAACAUUCUGCAAGCAUCUAAUUGGAACAUUCUGAAAGAACCUAAUUGGAACAUUCUAGAAGGAUCUCAUUGGAAUAUUCUAGAAGGAUCUCAUUGGAACAUUCUGCAAGCAUCUAAUUGGAACAUUCUGAAAGAACCCAAUUGGAACAUUCUAGAAGGAUCUCAUUGGAACAUUCUAGAAGGAUCUCAUUGGAACAUUCUGCAAGGAUCUCAUUGGAACAUUCUGCAAGGAUCUCAUUGGAACAUUCUAGAAGGAUCUCAUUGGAACAUUCUGCAAGGAUCUCAUUGGAACAUUCUAGAAGGAUCUAAUUGGAACAUUCUGCAAGGAUCUCAUUGGAACAUUCUAGAAGGAUCUCAUUGGAACAUUCUGCAAGGAUCUCAUUGGAACAUUCUGCAAGGAUCUCAGUGGAACAUUCUAGAAGGAUCUCAUUGGAACACAGGUGCUUAUGAAGACUUGGAACCAUGGAAAGUUGUGCUUAUGUUUCUUCCAAACCAAAACUCCAGUCUGAGGUGGAAGACGCAGAAGUUUCUGGAAAAGAAGAACCGGUUGUGGAAACCAGUAAGCGUGAUGAGUCUUGUUCAGCCGAGAAAAGCAAAGAAGUUCUGCUGGAGGCGCCCGGACCACCGGCGGUCCCUCUUCCAUCCGCCGACCCCCCAGGGGGUGUGGCUCUAAAGAUGUCCGCCACUCUCCUGCACCCCGUGUGCCUGAGCGAGAACCCUCUGAUGCUGCCCAUUCAGCUCCAGAUGGCGGCCGGGCCUCAGCUGGGUCCGAUGGGGGCGGCGCCGUACUUGCUGACGGGAACCAACCCGGUCUCUGUGCUCCUGGACCAGCACAUGAGUCCUGCCCUGAUCUCUCAGAACAACAUCUUGUGUCAGAAUCCGUUAUCUUUCAGCCUGCCUGCUGCUGUGGACCAGAAGUCCGCCGGGCCCACGCAGGACCCCAACCUGCUGUCCCUCCUCCAGAACCCGGCUUUCACUGCCAUCCUGCAGGACCUCUUCCCCCCCCAAACACCUUCAUCCACCUGCCACUCAUCAGGCUCCUCCUUCUUCCCCUUCCCUCCCCUCACACCGCCUUACUCCUCCCCUCUGGCCCCACUAGUGCCGCCGGCCACCCUUCUGGUUCCGUACCCGGUCAUCAUUCCUCUGCCUGUGCCACUGCCCAUCCCGCUGCCCGUUCCUGUCCCUCAGACCCCGGUGGACUCUAAGACCCACCUGCCCAAAGCCGUUUGCACGGAGAGUAAAAGCACUCAGACGCCCAGGGACUUCAACCCUCAACCCUCAAGCGGGCAGGUCCUGGACUUGUCCAUGCGAGCCUGUCCCGUAGAACCCAAACAGGAAUACUUUGUUCCGCAGCAGCAGGACGGCGUGCUAGACUUGUCGGUGCCUGGGUCCGCGGAGCGCGCCAACGCCGGUCUGGACUCCCGGCUGCUGGGGGGUCUGACCUCACUGGAGUUCAGCCGGCAGCACAGGUGGAUGGUGGACGGCGGCGCCGGGGGGUCCGCCUCUCUGGGCCACGGGACGGCCAACCUGGAGAUGGUCAGCGCCUCGCAGACCGCCAAGGUCAUCGUCGCCGUCAAGGACGCCAUCCCCGCCAUCCUCUGCGGGAAGAUCAAGAGUCUCUCCGGCGUGUCCACCAAGAACUUCUCCAUCCAGCCGAACCAGCAGCUCUUUGGACCUCAGGGGGACGCCGGCCGCCACCUGAAGAAGACCUCCAAGAACCGGGCCAUCAAGCUGAAGAAGGUGAGCUCCCAGGAGAUCCACUUCCUGCCCAUCAAGAAGCAGAGACUCGCCGCACUUUUCCCCAGGAAGUGAAAACUCUGUUAGCAUGUUAGCAUGCUAACUCCUUUUUACCACCUGGAACACUUUUCUACUCAAACUCUUCAUUUCAAGUAAGUGUGUGUGUGUGUGUGUGUGUGUGUGUGUGUGAACAUUCUCCCGUGCACUUUGUGGUAGUUUAGCUCAAGAAAAAUGAAGAAAAAAAGUUGACCGGGUGUUGUUGAUGUGACGAAAAAAUGAAAUCCUUCCAUGGCGUGAAUGAAAUAUUUAUCAUUAUUAUUGUUACUGUUAUUAUUAUUAUUAUUAUUUUUAUUAUUAUUGUUAUUGUUGGUAUUAUUAUUGUUGUUAUUAAUAUUAUGAUUAUUAUUAUUAUUGUUAUUUUUAGGAUUAUUAUGAUGAUGAUGAUUAUUAUUGUUACUGUUAUUAUGAGUAUUAAUAUUAUUGCUUUGAUUAUUAUUAUUAUAAUUAUUCAUCAUACUAAUCAUAAUGAUAAUCAUCAUAAUCACAAUAUUAUUAAUAAUCAUAAUAACAGUAAUAAUAAGCAUGAUAAUAAUAAUAAUAAUAAUAAUAACAAUAAUAAUCAUGCUAAUCAUAAAAUUAUGAUUAUUAUUAUGAAAAUGAUGAUGUUUGGUACGUACUUGUAACUAAUUUAUUGUGAGGUCAAAUAUUUAUUUAUACACUAAAUGUUUUUGCUGACUUGACACUUUCUGCUUUCCUUGCCUUUUAUUGAUUAACCACUUUUACUGGGUAUAAAGUACUUGUGAAAAGUACUUUAAUGAGUAAAUAUAUACUUUGAAUGGAUAAAAAGUACUUUAUUGAGUACAAAAGAUACUUUAAAUAGAUUUUUUUUUAAAGUACUUUAACGAUUGAAAAGUACUUCUAUUAGUUGAAGUAGGUUAGCUACUAAUGAAUGAAUAAAAUACUUUUAACAAGUAAAAAAUGUAAUGUAUAAAAAAGUUUUAAUAGUGAAAUGUACUUUUAAUACUGUAAAGUACAUUUAAUGAGUGAAAAGUACUUUAAUGGGUGAAACGUACUUUAAUGAGUUAAAAAUAUACUCUAAAUAUAUUAAAAACAAGAUACUUUCAUUAGAUAAAAAAUAUAUUAUUGAGUGAAAACUUUUUAAUGAGUGAAAAUAUACUUUGUAUAGAUAAAAAGUACUUUAAUGAGUACAAAAGAUACUUUAAAUAAAACAUUUUUUAAAAGUACUUUAAUGAGUGAAAAGUACUUCCAUGAGUUAUAGUAGGCUAGCUACUAAUGAAUGAAAACAAACAUUUAAGGAAUAAAAAAUACUUUUAACAAGUAACAAAAAUCUAAUGAGUGAAAAGUACUUUAAUGAGUAAAAAAAUACUUUUUAAUAUGUAAAAUGUACUUUAUUGAUUAAAAAUGCUUUUAAUAGAGAAAAUAAUGUUUAUUAGUCAAAAGUACUUUUAUUGGGUAAAAAAAAAAUGUAUUAUGCAAAAAUACUUUAAAUGAUUGGAAAGUACUUUAAUGGGUGAAAAGUAUUUUAAUGAGUACAAACGAUACUUGAAAUAGAUAAAAAGUAUUUCAAUGAGGACAGAAGAUACUUUAAAUAUAUAAAAAGUACUUUAAUGAGUGAAAAGUACCUCCAUGAGUUAUAUUAGGCUAGCUACUAAUGAAUGAACAAAAAACAUUUAAUUAAUAAAAAAAAUACUUUUAACAAGUAAAAAAUGUAAUGAGCGAAAAGUACUUUAAUUAGUAAAAAAUACUUUUAAUAUGUAAAAUGUACUUUAUUCUGUAAAAAUACUUUUAAUAGAGCAAAGUAAUUUUAUUAGUCAAAAGUACUUUAAUUGGGUAAAAAAAGAAAUGUAUUGUGCAAAAAUACUUUAAAUGAUUGGAAAGUACUUUAAUGAGUGAAAAGUACUUUAAUGAGUACAAAAGAUACUUGAAAUAGAUAAGUACUUUAAUGAGUACAAAAGCUACUUCAAAUAUAUAAAAAGUACUUUAAUUAGUGAAAAGUACUUCCAUGAGUUAUAGUAGGCUAGCUACUAAUGAAUGUAAAAAAAAAAAAGAAUGAAUUUAAAAUAUUUUUAACAAGUAAAAAAUUGAAUGAGUGAAAAGUACUUUAAUGAGUAAAAAAUACUUUUAAUAUGUAAAAUGUACUUUAUUUUGUAAAAAUACUUUUAAUAGAGAAAAUUAUUUUUUAUUAAUCAAAAGUACUUUUAUUGGGUAAAAAAAAUAAAUGUAUAGUGCAAAAAUACUUUAAAUGAUUGGAAAGUACUUUAAUGGGUGAAAAGUACUUUAAUCAGUACAAAAGAUACUUGAAAUAGAUCAAAAGUACUUCAAUGAGGACAGAAGAUACUUUAAAUAUAUGAAAAGUACUUUAAUGAGUGAAAAGUACCUCCAUGAGUUAUAGUAGGCUAGCUACUAAUGAAUGAAAAAAAAAAAUUAAUGAAUAAAAAAAUACUUUUAACAAGUAAAAAAAUGUAAUGAGUGAAAAGUACUUUGAGUAAAAAAAUAAUUUUUAAUAUGUAAAAUGUACUUUUGAGUAAAAAUACUUUUAGUAGAGAAAAGUAAGUGUACUAGUCAAAAGUACUUUUAUUGGGUAAAAAAAGUAAUGUAUUGUGCAAAAAUACUUUAAAUGAUUGGAAAGCACUUUAAUGAGUGAAAAGUACUUUAAUGAGUACAAAAGAUACUUGAAAUAGAUAAAAAGUACUUUGAUCAGUGAAAAGUACUGUAAUGAGUACAAAAGAUACUUGAAAUAGAUAAGUACUUUAUUGAGUACAAAAAAUACUUUAUAUAGAUAAAAAAAAAAGUACUUUAAUGAGUGAAAAGUACUUCCAUGAGUUAUAGUAGGCUAGCUACUAAUGAAUGAAAAAAAUAAUAAUUAAUGAAUAAAAAAUACUUUUAACAAGUAAAAAAUGUAAUGAGUGAAAAGUACUUUAAUGAGUAAAAAAAUACUUUUAAUAUGUAAAAUGUACUUUAUUUAGUAAAAAUACUUUUAAUAGAGCAAAGUAAUUGUAUUAGUCAAAAGUAAUUUUGUUGGGUAAAAAAUGUAUUGUGCAAAAAUACUUUUAAUGAUUGGAAAGUACUUUAUUGAGUACAAAAUAUACUUUAGAUAAAAAGUACUUUAAUGAGUGAAAAGUACUUCCAUGAGUUAUAGUAGGCUAGCUACUAAUGAAUGAAAAAAAUAUUUAAUAAAUAAAAAAAUACUUUUAACAAGUAAAAAAUGUAAUGAGUGAAAAGUACUUUAAUGAGUAAAAAAAUACUUUUAAUAUGUAAAAUGUACUUUAUUUAGUAAAAAUACUUUUAAUAGAGCAAAGUAAUUGUAUUAGUCAAAAGUAAUUUUGUUGGGUAAAAAAUGUAUUGUGCAAAAAUACUUUUAAUGAUUGGAAAGUACUUUAUUGAGUACAAAAUAUACUUUAGAUAAAAAGUACUUUAAUGAGUGAAAAGUACUUCCAUGAGUUAUAGUAGGCUAGCUACUAAUGAACGAAAAAAAUAUUUAAUAAAUAAAAAAAUACUUUUAACAAGUAAAAAAUGUAAUGAGUGAAAAGUACUUUGUUUAAAAAAUAAUUUUAAUAUGUAAAAUACUUUUAAUAGAGAAAAGUAAUUUUAUUAGUCAAAAGUACUUUUAUUGGGUAAAAAAGAAAUGUUCAAAAAUACUUGAAAUGAUUGGAAAGUAAUUUAUUGAGUACAAAAGAUACUUUAAAUAGAUAAAAAAGUACUUUAAUGAGUGAAAAGUACUUCCAUGAGUUAUAGUAGGCUAGCUACUAAUGAAUGAAAAAAAAAAUUUAAUAAAUAAAAAAUACUUUUAACAAGUAAAAAAUGAAAUGAGUAAAAAGUACAUUUGAUUAAAAAAUAAUUGUAAUAUGUAAAAUGUACUUCAUUAAAUAAAUAUAUUCUUUUAAUAUAGAAAAGUCAUUUGAAUAGUCAAAAGUACUUUUAUUGGGUAAAAAAAGAAAUGUGCAAAAAUACUUGAAAUGAUUGGCAAGUACUUUAAUGAGGAUGUUUAGGAGUACAAAGUACUUGUGUGAUGACGUGUACAAUCCAGCAGAGCAAACAUUUAGUCGCCACGUCUACAAAAGCAAAAAACUCUCCACAAUAUUUUCAUUGCCAUGUGUGGCUGUAGGAAACCUCCCAUGGAAAGUAGGUAUAUAAAACCUUUAUGUUGACCUUUGCAGCACCAUUGCUGCUUGUGUUGAUAAAUGUGCAGGAGACGAUGGUCCCACUUUCUCAUGCACUCCACAGCAUGACGGAGUUCAAACAUGAAGAAAAAAAUCUUCUGGCCUUUUUAUUCCAAAGGUGCAAAAAGAGGUUGAAAGGUGACAAGACUGAAAUGUUGAAAAGGUCAAAGUUGAACGUGAUUGACAUAUUUUCACCUGCAAGGAAACAAAUCAACACUUUGUUGAAAUAAUUACUUGACACAAAAGUCUUUAUUCCAAGAAUAAUUUAAUACAUUUGAAUUAAAAUGCAUUUAUUCAUCUUCCAUUUACGGGAAAUGUUCAAUGUUAGUUUUCACCUUAGCUGACAUCUGAACAGGAGGAAACUAACAUUAUCAACAAAUACAAAGAAAAUGUCGUUAAAAAUCAUCACUUUUGUUUGGCUUUUAAACACUUUUACUUUUCAUUGAAAAUACGUUUUGGAUGGGAAGAAGUUUUAUUGUUAUUUUAGAAUGAAAGUGUUUCAAACCGUUUGUAUUUUAAUUUACACCUCAGAAAUACAAAUAAUAAUAAUAAUGUACUUUUAUUUCAUUAAUAAUGUAAUUGUAUUUCAUUAUAAUCAUGUACUUUUAUUUCAUCAAUAAUAAUGUACUUUUAUUUGAUUAAUGAUAAUGUAAUUUUAUUUCAUUAAUAAUCAUGUACUUUUUUUAUUAA